AUGGACGUCGAUGGCAGCAACUUAAUGCCAAGCGACUUCCCUCUAGCCCUUGAUCUGGGAUUUAAUCCACAGUUGUGGCUGCCGGGACAACAGCCGUAUUACAGCCAGCCGCAACUAGCCGGUCCCUCGACGAGCAUUCCCUAUUCCCCAAUGGGCAUGCCCUACAACUCGGGACAGCCAUCCCAGGUGUUUUAUCAGAAAAAAAAUGGACCGAAGCAUGAACGGGUCAAUAUCAUCGACACGGGAAGCGGAAAGCACCAGCCGAGACACUAUCGUGGCAAUGGCAGCGGCAGCGGCAGCGGCACAGCUCGCAAGAAGAGGCAAGCUAUCCACCAGGCAGUGCAAGCCGGCUCCCUGCAGGCUGUCAAACUUCUCCAUAAUCUGGAUCGUAAGUGCAUUAACAUGCUCACCGGGGAAGGAAUAAACACGGUAUGGAUCGCAGCUCAAGGAGGCCACGGCGACAUUCUGAAGUUCUUGAUCGAACACGGAGUCGACGUGAAUACUCCCGCGACGGAAAGCAAUCGUACACCCAUCCACCAGGCGGCCCAGAACGGGCAUUUGAGACUUGUCAAACUGCUCUUAGAGAAUGGAGCCGAGCCGGAUCCGGUAGAUUCCAGUGGGAUAACGCCAUUCUGGAGCGCUGCCCAAGAAGGACACUACGACAUCGCCAAGAUCCUUCUGGAGAAUAACGCGAACCUGGAGGUCGAAUCCUUAGAUGGGUCCCGUCGUCCGAUCCACCAGGCAGCCCAAGGCGGGCACACAAGGGUCGUGAAGCUGCUCUUGGAUAACGGGGCGGAGCCUGACCCAACAGACAAUUCCGGCAUAAGUCCCCUUUGGAGUGCGGCACAACAGGGCCACUACGAGACGGUACGCCUGCUAUUGAAAGCAGAUGCAAGUGUCGAUGUGACUUCGUACGACGGGUCCCGGCAACCGAUCCACCAAGCGGCCCAAAACGGCCACUUGGAGGUGGUUCAGCUUCUUUUAGAAUUCGAUGCAAACGCCACGCCGGAGAACGACAGCUUCGAGGACACGACUCCUUCGCCAUUCUGGCUAGCCUGCGCCUCAGCCAAGAGCGGCGUCGAAAUUGCCAAGCUACUCCUCGACAAGGGCGCGGAUGUGAACUUUUCGGUAGCACGCUCAGGAAAGAAACCCAUCCACGCAGCGGCACACAAGGGGAAUAUCGACGUUGCGCGGCUGCUCAUCGCCAGGAAAUGUGACGUCGAUUCCAAGGAAAGCGACGGCUGGACGGCAUUGAUGAUCGCCUCGCAAGAGGGCCACCUGCCGUUCUUGAACCUUUUGGUGGAGAGUGGCGCGAAAGUGGAUGCUGAAGAAAAGGAUGGGGCAACGUCGCUGUGGAUUGCGUCCCAGCAGGGACACACCGAGAUUGUCAGGAGGCUUCUAGACCUGGGUGCCAAACAACUGCCCACUAGGUCCGCGCAAAGGCGACCGAUACACCAGGCUGCUCAGAACGGCCAUCUACCUGCCUUGCAGAUGCUGUUGAAGAAGGAGCCGAAUGGCAUCAACGCCGAGGAUAAGAGCGGAGCGACGCCUCUCUUACUUGCCGCGCAGGAGAACCAGCCGAAUUAUCUCGCUAUUAUGAAUCACCUAGUUUCACACGGCGCUAAGGCAUCGGUUUAG